UCUCAGGGCGGGGCUGAGGUGAGGGCUGGUAAUUGCUGUUCAGAGUUUAAACCAAUCAGCCGUCGGCCCCACUUCUCUUGACCAAUGGGAAGUAGGCUAAGGCGCAGAGGCGGAAAGGGUGGCUAUAUGAGCAGCAGUCAAGCCAAUCGGCCGUGGGCCUCGUUCCCGUUAGCCAACUAGCCAAGAGAGCGGAUCUGUGGGCGGGAGGUCGGAGCAGCUAUCAGGUUGAAGUCCAGCGAAGGACGCGCGGCGGGGCGCCGUGAGAAAACGCAGAGCCGGGCUGGGGCCUGGAAAUGGUCCCUGGGGCCGCGGGCUGGUGUUGUCUCGUGCUCUUGUUCCCCGCAUGCGUCGCGGUCCACGGCUUACACAUCCAUGACUACUUGUACUUCCAAGUGCUGAGUCCUGGGGACAUUCGAUACAUCUUCACAGCCACACCUGCCAAGGACUUCGGUGGUAUCUUUCACACAAGGUAUGAGCAGAUCCACCUUGUCCCUGCCGAACCCCCAGAGGCCUGCGGGGAACUCAGCAACGGUUUCUUCAUCCAGGACCAAAUCGCUCUGGUGGAGAGGGGGGGCUGCUCCUUCCUCUCCAAGACCCGAGUGGUACAGGAGCAUGGAGGGCGGGCGGUGAUUAUCUCUGACAACGCCGUUGACAAUGACAGCUUCUACGUGGAGAUGAUCCAGGACAGUACCCAGCGCACAGCCGACAUCCCAGCCCUCUUUCUGCUCGGCCGAGAUGGCUACAUGAUCCGCCGCUCUCUGGAACAGCAUGGGCUGCCAUGGGCCAUCAUUUCCAUCCCAGUCAAUGUCACCAGCAUCCCUACCUUUGAGCUGCUGCAGCCACCCUGGACCUUGUGGUAGAAGAGUUGGUCCCACAUUCCAGCCAUAAGCAACUCUGGGCUGGGGAGGGGAAACCUGGGAGUUCUGCUGGUCUGGAGUUGAGGAGAGCAUUUGGGGACGGGUGGGAGCCAGGAAAAGGCUUGGGCCUUGGCUAGGCUGAAGGAGGGAAGCUGCACCACUGGCUUCCCUGCCCAGGCCCCAGGGCUUCUGGCUAGGAUCUGGAAGAAAAGGCGGCCUGAGAGCCAUCUGUGACAUGCUACAUCCCACCUGGCACCAGCCUCCCCACCCAGGGUCUUCUCACAAUGCCAUUCCCAGCCCCUCACCCAAGAGUUGCUGGAAUGGUUUGAGGAGCUGGUGUUUUGGGACUCAAUAAACCUUCACUGAUUUUUUAGCAAUAAAGCUACUU